AUGAAGCGCAUCUUCCGACGCAAAUCAAGGUCAAACUCCGCAUCCCAUGGCGACGUGAAGCCGUUCCAGCGCCGCUUGAGUCUUCCUGCUCCCAAUGAAGUGGAAAUCUUGCACUCCAUCAACUCGGCCAACGUCUCAGAGGUUACACCUCCUCCACAGGACUCGAGCGAGCUACGGAGCCUCUUGGACGAGGAAAGCGUGGCUCUUUCAGAGACUGAGACGCUUGCGCAGCCGAAAUCCCACCGAUGGGAUCUCCAAGAAACAUACACCGAGAAUUACACAGAGUACUUGCCGUACGUGAUCAACAGGCUUCGAGCUGAGCGCCAAGAGGAGCUCAGGAUCGGGGCACCCGAGCGAAAUGGGGUCAGCAUAGAAGAUGGCACUUCGGACGACGACGAGACGGUGAUCUCCGAGCUGGGGUCCGGCGAGUGUAUUCUUCGACGUCCCACGACGGUGUGGAACUUGAAGCGCAGCUUGAUUGUGGGCAGAGAGUUUAUCAAGGGCACUACGUAUGUGUUUCCUGACGCCAUCAGCUUUGAGAAAUUUAGGUAUUUGCGCUCCAACAUGAAGAAACUUAGCAAGAAUUCCUUCAUAAUCUACGACGCAGAGGGCAAUAUCAAAAAGGUCAAAGGAAAACCGCCCUCGGAGGAGAACGCAGGGCCUCUUUUAGAGAAGGGGUGUGUGGUGGACCAGAGACAGCAUAUCAUUCCCGUGGACUACAAAUUGCGUGGCGAAGGCUUGCCCAUCCUCAAGAUCGUCAGUCCUUACAUGUCUUCCUUCAGGAAAAAAGUUCCCUACAUGGUUUAUCGAAGAUAUCGCCAGGUGCCGCUACGACCUAGCGACAAGGACGACGAGGACGAGAACUACGAGCUGUACGUUUUUUGCACCGUCCACGUCAAAAACUUUUCUCUGUACCGACGGUACAUCUUCCAUUUCACCCCUGAAGAUAGACCACCGAUGAAGAUGUUGGUAUUUCAGAACAACCACAGGCCUUUCGCUGACUUCAACUACAAGGAUACACGUUUCCGCAUAUCAGGGACCUCGUUGACUAAUCCUUAUUUAAUGAGCUACAAUCCAGAAAUGAAAUUGCUUGUGUUGGGCAGCCGGCAGCCCUCGCUUUGUGAUAACAUCAUAGACAAACUGAUGCAAGACGCAUACAGAAAGUCCAACUCCACGAUCAACUUAAACGAUUGCCCUGGCCUGACACCUCCAGAGGAAUAUCCAAACCCAAUACCCAAUCCAAAGAACCCCAUUCUCACUGAUGAUGAUGGUCCGCUUCUGCGCUCUUCCAUCAGAACAUACAUUUUAAACAAGAUGCCUCCGUUUGGGCGCUUCCUUGAUUCGUGUGCCUACAUGGAUGAGUCACCGCUAUUUCCAAAGAAAUACUCCGAGUCAGGGAAAGUGGAGUUAUACCAGGACAACACAACCAUGGACCCACAUGUUAAUCUCUCAUUGGCCUCUAGUGUUGAUUACGACAAUUUAGUGCUUACGACUGUAUUCUUGACUUUGCAGGAGACCAGGACAAGAAACACCAAUCGUUACGCUUCCAACAAGUAUAUGGGAGGCGUCGGAGGGGGUGCUUUUCUCGCUGGUCUGGGAUUUGGAGGCGUUAGAGGUUACGAACCUUCAGCCCAUUUGGGAACCUUCUCGAUGAACGCAUUAUAG